GCAAGCUAUGGAGGCAAACUCAGCGUUCAGCUCACAAUCCUGCCGCUGCUGCACCUCCAUUUCGCGCUAUUACUAUGACUCAUCAUCUCACCUCCUUUAAUUCUCACUUUACAUAUACAUAUUCAAAAACCCAUCUCAAUUUCAUCUCCAAUUCUCUCAAAAUUUCAUCUUCUUCUUCCUUUUUCGACACUUGUGUCCGUAAAUAUCCUCGCCUCCACUUGUCCUGCCCUAAGAGUUCUCUUCUACGCACUUGGGCUUUAACUACCAGUGAAGCUGUUGAAAAUUCUAAUUCUAAAGAAGUGAUGCCCAAAAUCGACAAAAGUGGUAGAUUUUGCAGUCCCAGAGCAGCCCGAGAACUGGCUCUGGUGAUUCUAUAUGCUGCGUGUUUAGAAGGGACCGACCCAGUUCGCCUUUUUGAGAAAAGAUUGAAUUGCAGAAGAGAAUCUGGGUAUGAAUUUGAUAAGGCUUCAUUAAUGAAAUACAAUCACAUGAGCUUUGGAGGACCGCCUGUGACAACAGAGACAACUGAAGAAGCAAAUGAGCUUCUCAGAAAUGACGAAAAGGAAUCUGAAAUUGAAGCAGAAGUUCUUUCCGCACCUCCUAAGUUGGUGUACAGCAAAUUAAUUUUGCACUUUACUCGAAAACUUUUGGUAGCAGUUGUAGAGAAGUGGGAUUCUCAUGUUCUCGUCAUCAAUAAAGUUGCACCCCCAAAUUGGAAGGAUGAACCGGCUGGUAGAAUUCUGGAACUUUCAAUUCUUCACUUAGCUAUGUCUGAAAUAACAGUGCUAGGGACGCGACACCAGAUAGUUAUAAACGAGGCUGUUGACCUUGCAAAGCGGUUCUGUGAUGGGGCAGCGCCACGUGUAAUCAAUGGUUGCCUGAGGACUUUCAUGAAAGACGUCAAAGGGAAUGUUAAUGCUCGGGAGUUGAAGAUCAAAGAGACUGUAUUAAGUUGAGUUAUUAAGUGAGAAGCAACAAGCUCUGUGGCAUAUCCCUGAGUAGAGAACUCGGCCAAAGUCAAAAUGCAUUAACAAUCACUAUGCAGUUCUGAUGGAUUUCAAAUAUUUAUCUGUUGGGUUGUAUGCCCAUAUAGUAUAUGUAACGCCCCAAUUUUUUUUAUAAAAACCGGAACGUUACGAAAAACUUACUUUUCCUUAAGUUAAGUGCGGAAAUAUAAAAAUAGAAUUCUUUAGUAAACAAUAA